AUGAGUAGAGCAGCUAGAAAUGGUUGGAUAGUAGCAACAAGCAUUGGAGCAGUUGAGGCACUGAAAGAUCAAUUGGGCGUUUGCAGGUGGAAUUAUGGUUUGAGAUUAAUUCAACAAAAUGCCAAGAAAAGUGUCCAAUCUUAUUACAGCGCACUUCUUGUUUCUUCCAAAUCCAACUCAGCUUCUCCGUGUGAUGGUCACAAUGUGAUGAGUAUUGGAAAGAAGAUUGAGAAAAGGGAAAAGGGUAUGAAGAAAGUGAUGGAUUUGAGCUGUUUGGGCCCAACUACUGUUAGAUUCUGA